AAUUUGUUGUUACACAAAAUUCAUUUCAUUGUGUUCCCAAAAACAACUUCAGACCUGACAACAACCAAUUUUGGAGUUUAAUUUCUCUUUCAGGAUAUUUGGGGAAAUUCCAUAGCGUUCUUGUAUUGUAUUCAGUUCAGAUCGACGAUUACCAAAUUUAAUGUUUAAUUAUAAUGAAAUUGUUAAUCGGAAAACACCCCAGCUGUUAAUUAAUAAUAAUAUUUAGAAAGUUAAACAAGGUUUGAUCAAAUGCCAAGACAUCAUAAGAGUCAAAUUUGCAAAAUUUCGCAUAUGUGGAAACUACUUAACAAGGGUAGUGGGGUAAGCGAGUUAGUGUAGCUUACGCAAGAUGAGCCCUUGACUUUAGGAAGGAUUCGAUUUUUGACGGUCUUUCGAGGUAGUCGAUUGUCGUGUUAUCCUUUUAAAUUUUUAUAAAUUUAAAAAACAUCUUCGUUUACCUUUUAGUGCGUCUAAAUUGUACUAAGUGCAUUUAAGCGUAAUUUUAAAUUAAAUUAAUUUAAAUUCUUGAAUUAAGUGAUAGCGUUAGUGAUUAGUGAGUAAGUUAAAAACGAGACAAGUUUAGUGUUCGUUCGAUUAGGUAGUGCUGCGAACUACAACACCUGGGAAGCAGCUAACCCCCUGCGUUAGGAGGAUUAAAAUUUCUAGGACUCCAAUUUAUUUGAUCGUUCGAUACCCGAGAUUGAAGGUUGUCGACAUGGAAAACAACAGGAACACCGGAAACGCCGGAGCCCCACCGCAAGAAAUGCCGACGUGGUUCGUUCGUUGGUUAAACUCCCAACAACCAAGGAAUGUGCCAAACUUCGCGGCGCCAUCGACGUCGACAGCGGUUCAAAGACCGCAAGCCAUCCUUCAGGUACGUCCAAGUACCAGCGCCGCCGCUGAUGUCGAUGGUUGGCAAGUCACUCCACUACCUAGCGACGGGACGACUUCGCCAGAACCCGACCCGGAAAUUCCGGUAGCUCCGGAACCAGCCCCUCUUGCGAGCCCUCUUGUGCAAGAGCCGGGAAGUUCGACCACAUCAGCGACUUCGGGAGCAGUGAUGGCCUCACCACCUAUGCCAAUCACAACAGACAAUGUGGCCGCAAUUUCCGGAGUACUCCGGAGCUUGCUGGAUCGCCCACUUCCAGCUCCUGAACGACCAUCUUUCGAAGGCCUGAAAAGGCAAAAUCCGGUGAAAUUCUUACGAGCCAUUGAAGAAUAUGGACGUUUUUUCGGGCUCGACUCGCAGCGUCUUUUGGGAGUCGCCAUGGAUUGCUUGAAAGGCAAUGCCAAACAUUGGACGGGAAUAUUCCAGAAGAAGUGGCGUGGUUACGAGGACUUUCGACGGGACUUUCUCCGGACCUACUGGUCGGCCAAGCGUCAACGGGACAUCAGAUUUCAAAUCGCUACAGGCCGCUAUGACGAAACCAGGGGCACGAUGCUGUCGCAUUUUGCUUAUUACGUCGACAUGGCGAACAUGUUAACAACACCUUUAUCGGAGGAAGUGUUGCUGGAUGAAUUACUGCGUCACUUCCCCGAAAGAAUACAGUCGUUGUGGGUAUUAGAGAAAAUCUGUACCACCACGGAUGCCGCCGAAUUCCUGGCAGCUCAAGAAAUUCCGGGACAAAAUCCGGGAGAGAAAACCAACAUCGCUCCCAGGGAACGACCCCGCGCAACAGACCACCAGCGGCGUAACGAGCCAAAGCGCCCGCGGCCAAACAUUGACCGCCACGAAGUAACUCGUCCUGCGGCUCCUGCAAAUCGUGGAAAUGGUUUCCCAAAACGCUCAAGUGACGAACAACAAUGGCGCAACAACCAACCCAGCACCAGCAACAACCGUUGGCACAAUAACAACGGAAACAACAGCAACAAUCACUGGCGCAAAAACAACCCCAACGACAACCGCAACAACACAAGUUCGAGAGCGCAGGGUGAAACAUCACGAAACUCCAAGAAUUCGGGAAACGGGGGCGGAGUACAGGACGGGGCCUAAAGUACUCCGGCCAGCAGCACGGCCCACAAAGC